AGUGUGUCCGGUGUGUGUGUGUGUGCGGUGACAGUGUGUGUGCGGGGAUGCGCCGGCGCCGGCCACCAUGCUGGCCCUCCGCCACGCCAAGUGCUCUUCCUUGUCGACAGUACCUGGGUUCGUUCCCGGCGGGCGGCGGCGAGCACGAGGCGCGCGCCGAAACCGUCUCGAGGCGGCUGCACCUCAUGAAGGAGAGCGCGCACGCGGUGCCGGUGCUGGUGGUGGUGGCGCUCACGGGGGUCAAGGUAUGCGACCCCGACGACCAGAGUGUGCGCAUGUCGCACGCGCUGCGCCGGAUCUCGUACGCGACGUGUGAGGCGGCGCGCGCGCUGUUCGCGUUCGUGGCGCGCGAGCCGCGAGCCGAGCCCGCCGCGCAGCUCUGCUACUGCCACGCCUUCGAGACUGACACCCCCGCUCAGGCGGAGGAACUGAACGCGCUGGUGGGAGAUGCGUUCCGGAUGGCGUUCGCGUCACAGCUCCAACCGACUGCUCCACUCUGGAGCAAAGAGCUAAGUGGAGGAGCCUGCACGCGCGCUCCUGACUCUCUCCCGGGGCUGACGCAUCACUACCCGCACUGCCUCGACAGAUCCCCAACACAAUGCGACAUAAUGGGUGGUUCGAAGCUAGACGCGUGCGAAGCGAGCGAGCCGAGCGAAGCCAGCGAGGCGAGCCCCAGCUCCUCCGAGGACUGGAACUCACCCACCGAGCUCAGCUGCUACCGGCGCCUGGGCGAGCGGCUGGAGCGCAUGGAGCGGCCGCCGCUCAUGAAGCGGCUGGCGCUCGGCCUCAGCGGCGCGCUGCUGCAGCCCUCCGACGACGACGCCACGCCGCUCGUCACCGACACUCCUACCACGCCCACCAAUGUGCCUCUAUGCCUGAAUGGUGGCUACAUCAACGAGGCAUCCGAGGCGGAGGCGAGGACGCGGGAGAGCAACCGUACGCGUCUCGACACGCUGCCUUGUGACCUCGACAAGGAGUUUCGGAAGUGUAACAAUAUUAGCAACGGCAGACCCAGUACGGGCAGCGGAGCCACAUCGUCCUCUUCAGGAGAGUCGUCGUGUGGUGCGUCGCGCAACUCGGGCAACAACAACGCGAGGCCGCUGGAGCCCGAGCUGCGGCACGCGCCCUGGUUCCAGCAGGGCAUCCCUCGAGAGAUCGCGCUGGAGGUGCUGGGCGCGCAGGCGCCGGGCGCGUUCCUGGUGCGCGGCAGCACGACGCAGCACGGCUGCCUGGCGCUGUCGCUGCGCGUGCCGCGCGACUUCGCGCCCGCCGGCAUCGCGCACUACUUGAUACUGCGCACGCCCAAGGGAUAUAAGAUUAAGGGUUUCACGAAGGAGUUCACCUCGUUAUCAGCUCUAGUCACCCACCACAGCGUGAUGCCGGAGCUUCUGCCCGUGCCUCUGCGCUUGCCGCGGGCACCCAUCCGCGCGCGGAACGAUCUAGAGCCACUGGAGCGACUGGCGCCCCACCCCCCGCACCCGCCGCACCCGCCGCCGCCUCACAACGGGUAUAGACCACAGUUGGAUGUGUAAACAACUAACUAAAGAAAACGUCAGAGUUUGGACCUUUAAAUACAGACGUUGUUAUUACAAAACUACGAAAUACGUUAUAAAACUUUUAACACGUUACAUGCACAAUAAAAAACGUUAUCAUCAAACUGUUGUAGUAGUUAAAGUAAUAACGAUAUAAACAUCACUCCUCCAUCAAUGAGUUUCAACGUUUUUGCAUAUUAAUUACUUCAACUGAGUGAAACAUUUGAGUAGCGUAAAUGCGGAAAGAAAUUGUCGGACGCGGCUGACGGACGCGACUGACCGCUGUGACUUACCUAUACGUAUCGUAUCUGAAUAAUGAAAUACACACUGAACUGUGCAAACUCUCGGAUGUAAGCAGCGGACGUUACCUUGCCGCUUGCAAGCUAACGGUUAUUCUUGAGAAGAAUUCUGGUCCGCUUUUUGUCAGCCGAAAACGUCCGGAUGAAUCCGCAAGCCGCGUUCCAAACAACUGUACACACGUAUCCGUCGCAGCUGUCGGCCGCGGCUUACGGACACGUCCGAUAGUAGUUUGCCUAGUUUGAUAAGGCUUUUUCCAUAUCGGGAAAUACUUAACAGAAAUGAAAAUACAUAGAGGACUCGAAGAAUGAAUAUUUUCAACAUAAUGAUGAGACAUUAUGAAAUGAUAAAAUCAUUAAGUUUGAGUAAGUUACGAAAGUUAGAGAAGAUGCAAUUGAUGUUUGCAAUACUUUCUUAGUGAUAACAAUGGACAUUAAUAGAAUAUUGUAUAAAAUUAUUGUAAUUGCGAUGGCGAGAAUUUUGCUUAUAACUUUAAUAAUAAUAAUUAUUAUGAUGAUUCUGUGCUGUAUAUUUACGGAUUAUUUGCGAUAAUAGAAAACAACACUCGACAUUGAUUUUGAAAAUUAAUGAAUUAAAUUUCACAAUGUAAAAGUAUCGAAAAGUAUCGCCUAGAAUCGCAAUCUGCAAACAAAUAUCUAGAUCUAAGUUUAUUAAAAAUGAAAAUUGAAUAUCAUUCGACAAUUAAGUAUAUCGGAUAUUAAAAAAUUAAAUAGUCGUUGCGAAGUCACUAAAUUAUUGUACGUUGUCUAUAUCUAGUUAAAGUUUGCUAAGAUAGUUUUUAUAAUAAACUAAUGUGAUAAAUAUUUACCUAGGGCGUGUAAAAAUUAUUGUAAAUUAAAUAAAUGUGUAUAAUAUGGAUUUGUAAUUAUAGCGUUUUGUGUCAUACUGCCUUUGCACACUCAGCCGAUUACCGAUUUUAACUAAAGUUGCGACCUAGUUUGUAAUGUUUAAUACUAAAGUCGACUAAGUGUGUAGAGGCUUUUAGUUUAAACGUAGAAGGAAUUGCGCAAGAGUUGAAAGUGUUUCGUGCAUUUGUUAAUGACUUUAUUUUAGAUAUUUCUAGUCGUAAAAAAUGUUUUUGUAUUCGUACUUUUGGAAUAAAGCCAUUCUUUAAAAAUAUGAAUAUGCAAAUCAUUCACAUAAACAAAAUGUAGAAUAUUGCAAAAUUCACGAAAAAAAUAUGCUUUUUUUGCUUAUAAUAAAAAUCAAUCAGUACAGAAUAGAGUAGAGAAGCAGAUGCAGAGAAGAAAUGGAUUCAUGGACUGAAUUCACAAAUACAUAAUCACGUACCUACGUGAUUUGUGAAUUACUCCAAAAAUAUCUGAGUUGAGCUUGCACAAAAAUUAAGAAAAAGAGUGAUUUGUAAAAUUAAUGUUCCAAAUGCUAAACAAAAAAAACAACAACAGUUAUCAUAUUAAUUAACUUUUUAUGUGAUGUAUGGUGCAUUUAUCGAAGGUAU